UCCACACCCCUCGCUGACAUUUCAACUCUGCCUGUCGACGGCACAUCAUCUCAGCCAGCUGGCGAUUGCCUGUAAUGCUCUGGUGAUCAUCUGAGAGCGCCAUGUGUUACAGCAGUGGCUGGGAAGAGUCUCUUGACGCUCGUCCUUUGACCCUCCUGCACUAAACUCUGCCAAACCCGACGCAGCUCCGGAAUCUGUCGGACAAACUUUUUACCCCGUGGACGUCUUUCUUUUACAGUGGAGACACACCUCUUAACAGAAUCAACAGCACCAGAACAUUUUGAACAGGAAGCGACACAGACGACUCUGGGAUGUGUCUGCCUAACAGGUGAAUUUCUAACCAGGAACGAGACAGAAAACUAACAGGACAAUGAACGGGACAAUGAACGCCACAUGCGUUAAAAUUGGAGAUAGCGCCAUCAGUGACCUCCUGAUGUCCGUUUACAUCCUGGUUUUUAUAUUCGGUUUGGUCUUCAACGUGCUGACUCUGGGCCCCAUCUGGCAACAAGUUCGGCGGCAAAACAUUUUGGGCAUCUUCCUGCUCAACCUGUCCCUCUCCGACCUGCUUUUCAUCUUCACUAUGCCCCUGUGGAUCAACUAUUACCACAAGAACCACAACUGGCAGCUGGGCGUCAAGUCGUGCAGUGUAGCCGGCUUCUUCUACUACUCCAACAUGUACAUAAGCAUCUACCUGCUCUGCUGUAUCUCUGUGGAUCGUUGCAUUGUGGUCACGUAUCCGCUCCGCUCCAAAACCAAACGCACGUCUCACUACGCCUGGUUGAUGUGUGUCGUUGUUUAUGUUGUAGUGGUGGUGCUGCACAUCAUGGUGCUGAUCCAUGACAACCUCAAAGAUGCCCACGAUGACGAGAACAAGAAUGACCGUUGCUAUGAGACUUACCCCAUGCAGUCGGCCAUUGCUGUGUUCAACCUGAUCAGAGUGGCCGUUGGCUUCCUGCUGCCCCUGCUGGUGCUGGCGGUGAGCUACUGGAGGGUGCUGGCUACUGUGGGCCAGAGUCCAGGCCUGAGUGCCCAGGCCAAGAGGAAGGUCCGCAUGCUCUCCUUCGGUGUGAUUGGGAUCUUCUCGAUUUGCUUUGCUCCAUAUCACAUUCUCCUGCUCGUACGUUCGCUAGUCUUCUUUUACAGUGAAGACACAAAACAAGAAGGAACCUAUUGCCAGUUUGAGCAAAGCAUGCAUUUCUUCUUCUCGUGCACGCUGGCGCUGUCCAGUCUAAACUGCGUGGUGGACCCUGUGCUGUACGCGCUGGUCAGUAACGGGAUCCGGGAGGAGGUGAAACUGUGCUGCAGGAGGCAGAGAAGGACACGGGUGGAGGGUGGUACUUUAGCCUCAUACAGCAGAGGAAAGUCAAAUACUACUAAUUUAAUAUGAAACAUGAGCUGCACAUGAGUGGAAAAGUGCGUCUGCAUAUUCAUUUGCAUAUGUGUUUGUGUGUAAGCAUGUACAUGAUUAUGCAUAAUACUGUAGCUGUUUAAAGUCAUGUCUGCCUCUGCACCUUUAGCCUGUGAGGAUUGAUGGAUUAUUCCUAAUCAACCUUUCUGUGCGAUUAGAUAUCCACUGAAAGAUCUGCUUUGCCACCUUUGUUUUUCUCCUCCUUCAUAUCCUGCACGGAGGUUGAAUGAAAUGCAUCUCAGAGCUCGGUAAUUGGAUUGUAGCCCCAUCUGCUCUCCCAAGAGUUCUCCAGCGACGGCCACUUCUGUGUUUGCGAACGGACACGACUGCCGUUGAAGAGCCCUUGUGUUUUCCUUACAAUCUAUACAAGGAUGUUGAGACUGUGAUUGUGUGACCCUGGUAUAAAUAAUGCAUUAACUGUGAUGCAUGUUGUAAUACUAAGCACUUAUGAGCAUGACUGCCUGACUGUGAGUGUUGAAUGUGAACUCAAAUAAACCAGUGGUUGGAUUAGGUGCUCUGGUUUUUGACAGUACGAGAUGAUCAGAGAUGCAGUUGACAUUUUAAACAUCUCCACAGGGAGUGAAGGGCUCAGGAAAGAUCAGUCGCGAGCCAAGCCGGUGCGUGGGUGAGGAGAAUACAGGACAAAACAAAUGUUAUCUUGUUGGCGUUAAUAAAUGUACAUAACGAGUGUGUGUCUCUGUGUGUGUGUGUGUGUGUGUGUGUGUGUGUGUGUGUGUGUGUAUACUUGUGUUUGUAGCAUAAACAGUGACAAGAGUCCAGCCCUAAUGAUCGAAGACAUCAUUUUAUGAGGUCCUGGUUAAGAUUACUGUUAAAAUCUGAUGUGAUGUGGUUAGGUAAGGGCAGUGAUUCUCAAACUGUGAGGCCCGGAGGCAGGUGGGGCCACGACCGGGAGGGGAAAACGUGAUGGGGAACUGCGGUGACGGAAUCUUUUUUACGGUGGAACAAUAAACAAGCAGUGCUUUCAGCGUAGCCAUAGUGUUCGGUCAGCGACGUGGAUGAAAUGGAGAGAUAUUUGAAAGGGACGGAAAGGAAAACAAGCCAUGCUUCCCAGACGGACAAGACACAGUGUUCAAAAAUCAAGUUGAGUGGAAAGUAUGACGAAGCCCAUCUUGCUCUUUCCUGCGCUCUCUAUCUGAUGGAGGGCGAAGCUGUGCUGUGCACGUCGUACACCCCCAGCUGACCAAAGGACAUAUAAGCAGUAUUAACAGUACGAACCCUGAUGCGGUUUAGGAUUCUCUUAAAGCCUACAAAGCUAAUCUCUUGUGCAGUAGCUGAUGAACAGGCAGCCCUGCCUCCUGCAUUAUUAUUCUGUUUGUCUUUCCAAUGGUGUUGAAUAAAACAAGUGAAAUAAUCGUCAA